AUGGCCAAUAUUAUCAAGAGCGCGCUGCCUACCCACCUCAAGCCCAACACCGGCGAUGAGCAGGGCAACGAGCGUCGUCAUGGCAAGACACGCAGUCACAUGGCUUUCGAGAACACGUCGACCAACGUCGCCGCCGCUCAGAUGCGAAAUGCUCUGACCAACCUUGCCGAGACCGUCAAGGACCCCGAGCAGAAGAAGGCAAGUUCAAGAUCAGAUGGGUGCCCGCAGCUGUUCGAGACCGAGAUGGACAACUUCUUCGCCUUGUUCCGACGAUACCUUAACGACAAGGCUAAGGGCAACGCAGUAGACUGGGAUCGCAUUGCCCCUCCCGCCCAAGGCCAGGUCGUCGACUACGAGGACCUUGCCAACACCGAGUCUGUCCAGUUCCUCAACAAGCUCGCCGUUCUCAAGCUCAACGGUGGUCUGGGAACCUCUAUGGGUUGCGUCGGUCCCAAGUCCGUUAUCGAGGUCCGUGAUGGCAUGUCCUUCCUCGACCUUUCCGUUCGACAGAUCGAGUACCUCAACCGCACAUACGACGUCAAUGUCCCUUUCAUCCUCAUGAACUCGUUCAACACAAACGACGACACUGCUGCCAUUAUUAAGAAGUACGAGGGCCACAAUGUCGAUAUCCUCACCUUUAACCAGUCCCGAUACCCCCGAGUCUACAAGGACUCUCUCCUCCCCGUCCCCAAGGACAACGACUCUCCCAUUAACGAGUGGUACCCCCCUGGCCACGGUGAUGUUUUCGAGUCUCUGUACAACUCUGGCAUUCUCGACAAGCUCCUCGAUCGAGGCAUCGAGAUUGUCUUCCUGUCCAACGUCGACAACCUGGGCGCUGUCGUCGAUCUCCGCAUCCUCCAGCACAUGAUGGAGACAAACGCCGAGUACAUCAUGGAGUUGACCAACAAGACCAAGGCUGAUGUCAAGGGUGGUACCAUUAUCGACUACGAGGGCUCCGUUCGCCUGCUCGAAAUCGCUCAGGUUCCCAAGGAGCAUGUUAACGAGUUCAAGUCCAUCAAGAAGUUCAAGUACUUCAACACCAACAACAUCUGGCUCAACCUCAAGGCUAUUAAGCGUGUCGUGGAGAAUGAUGAGCUCGAAAUGGAGAUCAUCCCCAACGGCAAGACCAUUCCUGGUGACAAGAAGGGAGAGUCCGAUAUUUCCAUUGUUCAGCUCGAGACCGCUGUCGGUGCUGCCAUCCGUCACUUCAACAACGCCCACGGUGUUAAUGUCCCCCGUCGACGAUUCUUGCCCGUCAAGACCUGCUCUGACCUCAUGCUUGUCAAGUCUGAUCUCUACACAUUGAAGCACGGCCAGCUUCAAAUGAGCGCCGCCCGCUUCGGUGACGCCCCCUUGAUUAAGCUUGGUGGUGAUUUCAAGAAGGUCUCAGACUUCCAGAAGCGAAUCCCCUCCAUCCCCAAGGUGUUGGAGCUGGACCACCUCACCAUCACUGGUGCCGUCAACCUCGGCCGUGGUGUGACGCUCAAGGGCACCGUUAUCAUCGUUGCCACAGAAGGCAGCACUAUCGACAUCCCACCUGGAUCUAUCCUUGAGAACGUUGUCGUGCAGGGUAGCUUGCGUCUGCUUGAGCAUUAA